CUCCCACCUCCUUCUGGCCGCGCCCCCAGACCGGCGACGGCGUCAACGACGCGCCGGCGCUGAAGAAGGCCGAGAUCGGCAUCGCCAUGGGCUCGGGCACGGCCGUGGCCAAGACGGCCUCGGAGAUGGUCCUGGCCGACGACAACUUCUCCACCAUCGUGGCGGCCGUGGAGGAGGGCAGGGCCAUCUACAACAACAUGAAGCAGUUCAUCCGCUACCUCAUCUCCUCCAACGUGGGCGAGGUCGUCUGGUGUCCAUCCCAACCCCAAAAAAUCCACCUGGAGACCCCCGGGGUGGCCCCUUGGAGACCCCCAGGUUGUCCCCAGGUUGUCCCCAACCCCCGUUUGUCCCCCCCAGGCUACGUCGGGGCCGCCACGGUGGGAGCGGCCGCCUGGUGGUUCCUCUUCGCCGAGGAUGGACCCAACGUCACCUACCACCAGCUGACCCACUUCAUGCAGUGCUCGGAGCACAACGUGGAGUUCGAGGGGCUGGACUGCGACAUCUUCGAGUCGCCGGUGCCGAUGACGAUGGCGCUGUCGGUGCUGGUGACCAUCGAGAUGUGCAACGCCCUCAACAGCCUGUCCGAGAACCAGUCGCUGGCCCGGAUGCCGCCGUGGGUGAACAUCUGGCUGAUGGGCUCCAUCUGCCUCUCCAUGUCCCUGCACUUCGUCAUCCUCUACAUCGACCCCCUGCCCAUGAUCUUCAAGCUGACGCCGCUGUCGCUGACCCAUUGGCUGAUGGUCAUCAAGAUCUCCUUCCCGGUCAUCCUGCUGGACGAGGCCCUCAAGUUCAUCGCCAGGAACUACCUGGAGGCGUGACCCGGCCGGGCCCGGCACCGCCCCAGGUACCAGGGACAGCGCGGUGUCACCGUCAUCAUCGUCAUUGUC